AUGAAGUUGAAAAUGAGCAAUUUUGCCGAGAACGAGCAAAUUGCUGGCCACGCCAGGGCGCAAACUGUCGGUGGAAAGCGAAUCCCAGGAAAAAGUCGAAAAAGCUCCGGGGAAACCUGCGAGCCGACCGCUUCCACCGUGUCCGGAGUUGAACUCAACCCGACCUGGGUGAUUUCCGGCGCCGUUCAAGACCAAAAGCAGGAUUUUCCAACUUCCGCGAUGAAGCACAUGCAACACAAGCCCAUGCCUUCGAAGCAGAAGCCUCAUGGAAUCAUGCAGACAAAUCGCAUCAUCCAGCAACCCCGCUAG